AUGGCACUCCCAGUCAAAGGAAGAACUGCUCUCAUCACUGGCGCAGGCUCUGGAAUCAACUUCGCCUACGCCAAACUACUUGUCGAAAACGGAUGCAAUGUCCUAAUCGCAGACAUAGCCCUACGGCCCGAGGCCAAGGUGCUGGUUGAGGAGCACUCGACAGGGUCUCCACGAGCCAUCUUCCAAAAGACCGAUGUGCGGGAUUGGGUGCAGUUAGAGCGGAUGUUCGAGGUUGCCGAGCGAGAAUUCGGCGAGAUUGAUAUUGUUUGCCCCGGCGCUGGGGUUUACGAACCGCACUGGAGCAAUUUCUGGCGGCCUCCGGGCUCCGACAUGAGCAAAGAUGCGCCCGAUGGUGGCAGAUAUGCGCUGGUCGACAUCAACAUCACGCACCCUAUCCGGACAUCCCAGCUCGGGAUAGCACAUUUUUUGCGCUAUCGCGAGAAUGGCCGUCCCAAGCAUCUUGUCCACAUCUCCAGCAUUGCGGGUCAGAACGCUGGGUUUGUGGCUCCGAUUUACGUGGCAACCAAACACGCGAUCAAUGGGCUGGUGCGGUCGCUAGCCAAGCUGGAAAAGCUUGGCAUUCGGGUGACGGCGGUGGCACCGGGAGUUAUCAAGACGCCGUUGUGGACCGACCAUCCUGAAAAGAUCAAGAUGGUGGACAGCGGGGAUGAGUGGGUGACGCCCGAGGAGGUAGCGGAAGUCAUGUUGGCUCUUGUGCAACAAGACCAAGUGAGCGAGAUCAUUGGCGAUCGGUCGGGACGGGGCCCACAGUUCGCAGUGACCGGGGGAACGAUCCUCGAAGUGUCAAAGACGGUGCGUGUCGUGGAGCAAUUCAACGAUGCAGGACCGGGGAACCGACCCGGCAACACAGCGUCUGACCAUGCGUCCGUCGAGGAGGAAAGUUUUGCUCUAUUGGCACAGAAGGGAUGGGGUCGGUCCAAACUGUAG